AGUGACGACAGCGGUGGCGGCGACCACUAUUACAUCGGCAUUGGAAACGCUGGCAGCGGCGGUGGCGUUGGCUGCAGUAAUGACAUCGUUUUAAUAACAAUAAUACACACAUAACCCACUCGGCUGUACAUAAUAAUAAUUAUUUAUCAACAAUUUCCGUUGACAAAUAAAAUCGAAUUUUCUCCUCUUAUUGUCUCUCUUUCCGCUCUCGUCGACUCUUCGACUGCAGGCGCCGACGGCAUCAUAAUAUAUAACUAAUACACGCGCGAAUUUUUGCACUGCAUAAUAUUAUUAGGGCCGUGCAGGCAACAGUGCGCGCAAGUGCAGCACGUAUUAUUGGUGCAGCGACUGCAGUCGUCGCGUACUGGUAGGUGGCCGCCACCGCAGCUGCAGCGGUUGUCGAUGGCCAAUUUCGGUCGGUUUACGCCGCGUCGAGCCGCCAUGAACGUGGUGUGGGCCGCCGUCAAGGUGCGCCGAGGAGCCGUGCGUGGCCGAUCAUGAAACGCCGCGGCGACGGCGGCGGACGGCUCGUCGUCCGCCGGAACCGGCGCCGGACGGCGGGAUGCCGAGCGGAACGGUUGCAGGGCGGCGGCAAACGGACACGAACUCGUUCCUACCACGUCGAACCCGGCCGGCGGCGUGGAGAAACGCGACGGCGGCGUGGACCACGGCGCCAAGAGGACGCCGCGCGAGCGAGCGACGACGGUCGUCGACGAGACCUCGUCGGGCGGCGGAGAGUUUGGCCGCGGCCGGCACAAGAUCGACGAAUGGCAAGCGGCGUGGAACGUCACCAACGCCAUACAGGGAAUGUUCGUGGUGUCCCUGCCGUUCGCCGUGCUGCGUGGCGGUUACUGGGCGAUCGUGGCCAUGGUCGGGAUCGCGUACAUAUGCUGUUACACGGGCAAGAUACUGGUGGAGUGCCUUUACGAACUCGACCUGAACACGGGCCAGCGGGUCCGGGUCCGGGACUCGUACGUGUCGAUCGCCCGGGAGUGUUUCGGGCCGGUGUGGGGCGCCCGGGCCGUGAACGUGGCCCAGAUGAUCGAGCUGCUGAUGACGUGCAUACUGUACGUGGUGGCGUGCGGCGACCUGAUGGAGGGCACGUUCCCGGACGGCGUGAUCGACACGCGCAGCUGGAUGAUGAUCACGGGCGUGCUGCUCAUACCGCUCGGGUUCCUCAAGCACCUGCACCACGUGUCGCUGCUCAGCUUCUGGUGCACCAUGUCGCACAUACUCAUCAACAUCAUCAUACUGGGCUACUGCGUGCUGGAGCUGCCCGACUGGGGCUGGAGCAAGGUGAAGUGGACGAUCGACGUGGAGAACUUCCCCAUAUCGUUGGGCAUGAUCGUGUUCAGUUACACGUCGCAGAUAUUCUUGCCCACGCUCGAGGGCAACCUGUCCGACCGGUCAAAGUUCGACUGGAUGCUGGAGUGGAGCCACAUCGCGGCCGCCAUAUUCAAGUCGCUGUUCGGUUACGUGUGCUUCCUGACGUUCCAGAACGACACGCAACAGGUGAUCACCAACAACCUGCACUCGCCCGCGUUCAAGGGCCUGGUAAACGUGUUCCUGGUGGUCAAGGUGCUGCUGUCGUACCCGCUGCCGUACUACGCGGCGUGCGACAUACUCGAGAAGUCCUUCUUCAUCGGGCCGCCCGCCACGCCGUACCCGAGCAUCUGGCACGUGGACGGCGAGCUCAAGGUCUGGGGCUUGGCGUUCCGCGUGGCCAUCAUCCUGUGCACCGUGUUCAUGGCCAUAUCGAUACCGCACUUCGCCAUACUGAUGGGCUUCAUCGGCAGCUUCACCGGCACCAUGCUGUCGUUCAUAUGGCCGUGUUACUUCCACCUCAAGCUUAAGGGCGACUCGCUCGAGUGGCGCACCAUAAUGUUCAACUGCUUCGUCAUAUUCCUCGGCUGCCUGUUCGGCGUCAUCGGCGUCUACGACUCCGGCACGGCCAUCAUCAAAGCGUUCCAGAUAGGGUUGCCGUUCUAAUGGCGACCUAGUCGUCCGGCAUUCGCGUCCCCGCCAGCGACCGACGCACUUCCGCUUCCUUCGCACGACCUAUACCAUUCGUCAUGUUCCCAUCGUCCUGUAUACGGUAUACAUCGCCCACUAUAUCUUUAUCCACCGCGCCCGCUUGAUCCGAUCUAUUUAUUAUUAUUAUUAUUAUUAUUAUUGUUUUUAUAAGUGCUGACGUCUACUACGAAUCUUGCAGUUUUUUUAAACUGCGACGGGCACUAUAUUAUAUUUACAAAUAAUAGGAAAACAGUUACCCACUUCGUUGACUCCAAAAACCGCACACUUUUGAUAAAUAACAGGACAAAACCGCACACUUUUGGUAGGUUAAAACCGCACACAUUUUAAAAAUUGUCGUAUCCAAAAAACCGCACAGUUAAGAUUUUGACGACCCCAAAAAGGUCGAUAAACAAAAAACGCGUAUUAUUAUGUAUAAUUAAUUAUUUGUUCUCAUUAUUUUCAUAGUUCAUCAAAAAAUAUGUAUGUA